AUGGCGUCCUCGGCGGCCAGCGUCGACGACUCGAGCUCCGACGGGUUCGUCGACGGGUCCUGCGCCGUCGACGGGUCCUGCGUCGUCGACUCGAGCUCCGGCGCCGUCGACAGCUCCUGCGUCGUCGACGGCUCGUCCGUCGUCGACGCCUCCAACGCCGUCGGCCAGUCGCGCGCCGCGGCCGCGGCGAGCCCCGCGACGUCCGCCGGCGCCGUCGUCUUGUCCGCGCACAACGCCGCGCGCGCGCCGGCCGAGAGCGCGAGCGCGAGGAUCGCCGUGCUGCGGGACCAGCCGAGCCGCAGCGUCUCCGGCGUCGUCUCGCAGCGCGUCGACAUCUGCGGCGCCGUCGACCGCGUCGUCGAGCGCGAGAAGAUCGUCGUCCGGGUCGUCGAGGGCGAGGCGCCGGGCGACGAGUCCGGCGAGAAGGCGCGGCUCCUCGCGCUCGUCGCGAGCCUCGAGUCGGCGCUGCGGGACGCGCGGAAGGGCGGCGGCGGCGAGCGCGGCGGCGCGCCGGGCCCCGGGGACCUGCCGCUCGCGGACCUCGAGGCGGCGCUGCGGGACGCGACGCGGAAGUGCCUCGAGGGCCGCGGCGACGAGCGCGAGCUCGAGUCGCUGGGCGCGGCGCUCGCGCGGCACCCGGAGCGGCGCGCGGCGCUCGCGCGCGAGCGCGCGGCCUGGGACGCCGCGCACGCGCCGGCGGGCGCCGCGGCGCUGCGGCGCCUGCGGUCCGUGACGCCGCCCUGGGUCGCGUCGCGGGGCACGAGCCGGCGCGAGCUCGAGCGCGCGGGCCUGCCGCGGGCCCUCGCGGCGCGCGUCUUCGAGGAGCGCGCGCUCUGGCUCGCGCGGUUCCCGCGGCGCCGCGUCGCGAAGAUGGCUUUAGCGGACCUCCGGCGCCUGAACCUGCACCGCCUCGACCUCGACGAGCUGCGGGGCGUCUACGCGUGCCUGCCGCCGGCCUUUGCCUGCGACGGCGACGGCGCCAAGGCCGCGUGGCGCGAGGCCGCGCGCGAGCGGCUCGUGUCGCUCGCGCGACGAGCCGCCGACGGGUCGCUCCCGCCGCGCGACGCGAGGCACGGCGCCUACGGCGACCUCGGCGGCGAUGGGCCCUUCGACCCGGACGAGCACGACGCCGACGACGGCAUCGCCGCGCAGUCGCCGGGCGACGCGCGCCGCGGCCGCGACGCCGAGCUCGCGGCGCUCUCCGAGUGCCGCCGCGCGUCCGCGCCGCCGAGCCUCGCGCGCGCGCCGCGGCCCCGCCGGGCGCCGAAGAAGCUCGACGCCGCGGACCCGCGCAAGUCCAUGCUCGCCGCGCUCGGCCCGGGCCUCGCCGCGGGCCUCCGGAAGGCGCCGCCGCCGCGCGACCGCGCGCCGCCGCCGCGCGACCGCGCGCCGCCGCCGCGGGACCGCGCGCCGCCGCCGCCCGCCGCGCCGCCGCCGCCCGAGGCGGAGUACUCGCGGCGCCGCGACGUGCGGGGCGAGCGCCUGGGGCUCAUCGAACAGUUGGGCUACGUGCACCGCAAGAAGAAGGUGCCGCCGCCCGGCGCGUCGGGCCUGGGCUCCCUGGCGCGGUCGCGGCGCGUGCCGCCGCCGCGGGCGAGCGCCGACGUGCUCGCGGACGUGAAGAUGUGGCGCGAGCGGCGGCGGCGGUCCCAGUUCGCGAGCACGCUCGCGGACCAGCUCACGGCGAUCCAGAGGCUCCAGAUCGCCAACGAGCCCGUGCCCCAGCAGCUCUGGCUCGAGCUCGACCGGGCCCAGCGGGCGCCCCACCUCCUGCCCGUCGUCCCGACGCCGGGGCCCGGCGCCUACCGGGGCGUCGCGGCGCCGUCCGGCGCGCCGAGCGCGAGCUUCGGCCCCGCGCCGGACGCGGCGCGGCGCGCGGCGGAGGAGCGCCGCGAGCCGCCGGGCCCCGGGCCGGGCCAGUACGUGCCGCCCAUGGCGCCCUUCGGGGCGACGCGCGGCGUCGCGCACCGCUUCGACCUCGGCCCCGCGCGCCUCGUGAAGGACCGGUCCGCCUACGCGCCGCGCUCGUCGCCCGCGGCGCGGGCCGAGGACGGCCUCGCCGAUUCGGUGACCAUCGAGGAGCCCCCGCGGCCGCGGACGCCGGCGGAGGACGACGACGACGACCCCUUCGACACGGGCUCCGUGGGCGUCGUCGCGCCCGAGGACCGGCGGCGCCGCCGCGACGGCGCGCGCGCGGCGGCGAACGACGACGCGGCCAGCCAGGCGUCGAGCCACGCGCCGACGGUGCAGAGCGCGGCGACGGGCGGCGAGGCCUCCGUGCCCAGCGUCGCCCUCCUCUCCUUCUCCACGGCCGACGACACGACCGUGUCCGCGCACACGAACGCGUUCAAGUCGUCCGGCGGCGCGACGAACCUCCAGCCCAAGAAGAAGCCCCCGCCCAAGAAGCAGGAGCGCUCCUCCGCCUGGCGCCCGGGCAGCCUGCGACGCAACUACUGA